AUGGGGGGCAUGGAGAAGCGCAUCACGGAGAGCAUGGAGACCAAGAUGGCCGCGGUGCACACCCGACUGGACGAUGUACAUGAACAAGCCAAGAAGCAGGGGGACACCCUCGCAAGUUUGGAGGCUAGAGUGCUUCAACUGGAAACUGGGGGGGUCUCGUCGACGACGGCAACUGGCACGGCGAGUACCUCGGGGUUCAACACACGCAGACGAGCCAUCGUGCUGGGAGGCUAUGAUCGGGACACCCCUCGUGAAGCCCUGCUGGCGGAGCUCUCCUCGCAGGUUGCCAAGUUGCAACUCGACUUCGACCCUUCGACAAUGUUUGCCACGGGGAUAAGGAGGGGCACGGCCAUAGUGCCCAUGCAUCCGAAGGAGGGGGAGAACGAGAAGGACACCAACGAGCGUUUCGCAAAAGUAUUGCGGCAGAUUCAGGGAGGAUGGAAACCAUGUCUCUUUUGGGCAGCCUGGAGCAAAACUCAGGAGCAACGACAGCGUUCGGCCUAUGCGGGAAAGGUGAAGCGGCUUUUGCUGACCCUGGACAAGGAGGCCCAGGUGGAGUGCGAAUGGUCGUGUGGGACAGUGUGGUUAGGGGGGACGAGAGUUGCUUCGGCUACAACAGCGGGGCCUUUGGCGAAGGAGACGCACGCCGCGAAGUUCGGCUGGCUGGACAUGCAGAAGAUCGCGGAGAAGCUAGGCAAAGAGAGGAAGGAGAUCGAGGGCCCUUGGGGGGACCUCGAGGCCCAGCUUCGCUGA